UACUCAUAAAUCUAUUGGUCGUGGUCUCGCCUUCACUAUCCAGCGCUUUGCUGAUCCGACUGCAGUUGUAUUUGGAGGAAGUUGGCAGCGCGGAGAAAGGCUUUCCUCUCUCUCCGGCGGUUGGACAGUGGAAUUAUGAGCAGAGCUGACCCAGCCUCUAUCACCCUGUCUUGAAUCUGUUUGUGUUCCAUACCCAGAGAAAAUUGAGCCGACCAUGGAGAUUGGAGCCCGCAUCCUCUUGGCUUUCCUCUUCCACCAGAUUGCACAUGUCGGUGGCCAAGAGGAUGGAGGUUAUGAGGGCUGCGUGCCCGGCUUCCAGGUCAAAAGCUACCAGGUGGCGUACAGUGGACCUUUCAAGAAAGGCCAGCCGCUCAUACAAGUUGAGUUUGACGACUGUGCGGGGAACGAGGACGUGACGUUCGACGUGUCGGACCCGGGCUUCCUGGUGGACGGGGACCUGAACCUGGUUCCUCGGAGCGACGUCGUGCACACCGGGCCGGUCCUGUACAUCCACGGGCUGAGCGCGCAUGCAGACGACGUGGCGCAGCUGGAAGUGACCGGGCUGCCUCUCCGGUCCACUCGUACUCUCAGGCACAUCCUCGGUGUCGACCAGAAGUCGUCGCGCAGAUUCAAAAGAACUCUGCUGGUCCCCCCGAUGAUCGUCACUGAGAACCAGAGAGCUCCCUUCCCCAGGGCCAUCGGCAAGUCUCAUGUGAUUUCAUCAGCCAGGUCCGGGAUGCACAUCUUCCGGCUGACAGGUCCCGGCGCCGACCAGGAUCCCAUAGGUCUCUUCACCAUCAACAUCGAGACGGGAGUGGUGUCAGUCAGCCGCUCGCUGGACCGGGAGGCCAUUGACUCCUACCAGCUGGAAGUAUCGACCACAGACUUCACUGGGAACAUCGUGGAGGGGCCGGCCAUACUUGUCGUCACCGUCAUCGACCAAAACGACAACCGGCCCAUCUUCAAAGAGACGCGUUACACAGGAGAAGUGCUGGAGGGGUCGCCUACAGGAACCACAGUGAUGACGAUGACGGCGUUCGACGCGGACGAUCCUUCCACAGACAACGCCGCGCUGCGCUACAACAUUGUCAAACAGUCACCCGACAAACCUUCGCCCAACAUGUUCUACAUCGACGCCGAAAGAGGCGACAUUGUCACCGUCAUCUCGCCGCUGCUGCUUGACAGAGAGACGCUCCCAACGACGACAUACGAGUUGGAGAUCGUGGCCAAGGACAUGGCGGGAAGUGAGGUGGGGCUAACAGGGACCGCCACGGCGACCAUCACCAUCACAGACCGGAACGACCACGCCCCCGAGUUCAGAUAUCCACUGUUUGAGGCUCACGUAUUCGAGGGCUCGACGGGGGUUGUGGUCAACCUGACAGUGGACGACAGAGACGACCCGGCCACAGGAGCGUGGAGAGCGAUCUACUCCAUCAUCAGCGGAGAUCCCACACAGAGCUUUGAGAUCCAGACCAACCCCGACAACAAUGAGGGGAUGUUAUCGGUCGUUAAGCCGCUCGACUAUGAAUCCACCACACUGCACACGCUGCUCAUCAGAGUGGAGAACGAGGACCCCCUGGUACCCGACGCCAUCUACGGCCCCAGUUCCACAGCCACGGUCCACGUCACGGUGGAGGACAUCAACGAGGGCCCCGUCUUCUUCCCGGACCCGCUGAUAGUGACCCGGAUGGAGAACAUCCCCGUGGGGAGCUUCGUGGCUUCGCUCAACGCUACGGACCCCGACACGUUAGAGAUCCAAAGUAUCAGGUACGCUGUUCUGAGAGACCCAGCAGGCUGGCUGAGUGUGAACCCAGUCAGAGGAACUGUCAACACUUCGGCCUCGCUGGACCGCGAGUCUCCGUAUGUCCACGACAACAAAUACACGGCCGUCUUCAUCGCCACAGACAACGGAACCCCUCCAGCCACGGGCACCGGCACCUUGAUCAUUUACCUGGACGACUACAACGACAACGCCCCCUACGUGGUGCCGUCGGUGGCGCGCGUGUGCGAGGACGCCCACGACAUGAACGUCGCCAUCGUGGGAGGAUGGGACAAAGACCUGCCGCCGAACGCCGCGCCCUUCAAGAUAGAACUGGGAAAACAGCCCGGCCUGGACAAAACAUGGAGGGUCACCAGGGUCAACUCCACACACUCCCAGAUCAUGCUCCUGCACAGUCUGAAGAAAGCCAACUACCAGCUCCCGCUGCUGAUCACCGACUCAGGCGUGCCCCCCCUGUCCAAUAACACAGAGGUCAAAGUUCAGGUGUGCAUCUGUAAGAAGAACAAGAUGCACUGCAGCUCUGCCCACUCUCAGCGCAGCAGUCUUCUGGUGCUGCUGGCGACACUCCUGCUCGUCCUACUCUGCCUGUAGAUUCUGCUGAAACCUCCCGUAGUCCCUUUUUGCAACACUGAAAAGCAACGACUUAUCUCCCCCACGCAACCCAGGCUUAGGAGAGAAGAAAAAGAAGAGGAGGGAAAAGAAGCGAGAGGAAGUCUUCUCACCAUGACAAAUCAAACAAGAAAAUACGCGCGGCUGGAACCACUCUCUUUUGUUUCAAACUCCCUGUUUAUACCGCUGUCGCUCUCUUUCCUCUUCAUCUUUCCUCGCCGCGUUGCAUCCAUCCCUCCAUCCAUCCCUCCAUCCAUC